AAGCGGAUGUCGUUAUUUUUAGAGAAAAAUAGAAGAUGUCUGAUAUAGAUGAGAGAUGGGAAGGAUACUAUUGUUCUUAGUACUCGGUGCUUUUAUCUUUCAGCAGAUCUCAACAUGUACAGAUGGUUGGUGUACAUAUAAGGGCAUGGGUGAAGACGAUGGGGCUUCUUUCCUUGAGAAGAUCUGGGAUUAUGUGAUCUCAUUUAUAACCUGGUUCGACAAAGAUGGAUAUGACCUGUUUGACAUGUGCCCUGAAUACCCCGAGCCGGACUGGGAUCUGUUUGAGCCGGAGGAAAAACGCUGCCGAAAACUGUCGGAGAUUAUGAACCCAUAUGAUGACUACUGGACAAGCACGCAUGGAAGCCUUCACGCCUGCCUGCCUGACCUGACCCCCUUCAAGAACGUAUUGCAGCAUCUUUCGAACCGGGGCAGCUUUGAGAGCAUGUUCUCCUCUCUCCCCGACCUGUCCUUCUGGAGAAGUGUUCAGCAUUACCUGUCAGAUCUAGCAAUUUGGGACAGCAUCAGUGUCCACCUGCCUGACUUUGACCUGGCUGCCCCGAAUGUUGCCCUGGACACCCUUAGCAGGGCAGAGAGCUGGAGCAGUGGCAUGUCGUACCUCUCCACCUGGGCCUUAUUCAACCCCACUUCCGUGUAUCUGCUGUCGGCUGUCGUCUGCCUCGUCCUACUUUCCAUUGUCAGCUGGCUCUGCUCCGAUGAUCCCACAUCCGAGAAGAGAGUAACGUUUUCAAACAUCUGUCCAAGUAAAGAGAGCUCUCAGGCACGAUCCCGACGGCUAGCACAUCUGAAGACGGAUCACCCCUCCAAGAAAGACCGGCAGAGAAAGAAGAAGAAACAACGCCAGAGAGGUGCUUCCCGGUACCGUUCCUCCGACACAGACGACUACCCCAACGAUGGUGUUGACCGCGCGGAGGAAGACCCGUGCAAUUGUUACCCACGGUCGCGUGAGACUCACGAUGAUGCAGUAGAUGUUGACGACAUAGACGAAAAUUCUCUCAGAUAUAUUGCCGGGUUAUCGUCAGAAUAUUCUCUCGAUAAUAUCAAGAAGCAGGUUCAAGAAACUUUUCGACGUAUCUCGGAUGAGGACCAUGAUGCUAGCUGUUCGAAGAAGCCGAGAUGUCCCAAGAAGAGCGAUGGGAAGGGCCGAGAAGUUCAGACUGACCCAACCAUUACUGUGUACGACAUCAGAUACAAGGACACCUUGCCGCAAGAUGUCAUGGACGUUCUGUUUUGUAUUGACCCCUAUUGUGAACACGAUCAUGAACGGUAUGAGCUGAGAGGCUGUCAGAUCCUGGUCAAGCAUCCCUAUCAUCUUGAAAUGGGUACUUACGAUUCCUCCAAAAACAAAUGUUAUAAGACAAGCGCGUAUCCAUAUGAGGACACGUCCAGGGAAGAGGCUGCCCGUAGUAGCGGUGCUCAAGAAGUAAUAGUACCUGACGAAAAUGCGUAUUCGACAAUAGAUGUUUCCCCGACAGAGGUACAUGUGUGGGGGAAAGAUGAUGAAUUUGUGAAGAGAUAUCACGAAUCGUUGUCAGGACAUGACCUGAUGCAUGGUGCAGUGACGGGUAGCCAAGUGAGUAUAAGCGACGAGUUUACAAACACUCUAUCGAAACAGAUUCGCGGCCCCGACGCGCUGGAUACAGAUAUUUCCCAAGUGGAGUCCUUCUCUGACUGGCAGGCAUCUGUGUUUCACGACUGCCCCUAUUGUAAAGAGCAGUCGUCAUCCAGCAACGGACAUUCCAAAGUAGGCACUAUAGGUUGUGCGGAGCAGAAAGUGACAAACAGUAAUCAUGUAAGUUCAGGAAGCACCAGAAAUCAAUCCCCCGUGCCCGGCUGUAGUGGGGUGUCUGGGCUUAACCCUCCAAGGAUAAAACAGCAGUUGGUCGAACUUCUCGGGGAUGCUCUUUUACAAGAAACUAUUGGUCCACCGAGAGCCAACUCCAGUUUCCAAGAGGAGGGACACAUUUUAGGAUGUUCGGAGGAACCGACUGGACAUGACUGGGACGGUGGUCAAAGGUCAGUCCGCGGUCGCACUACCAGGAACCGGUCGCAGACUUGCCAGGACCGAGAUUCAGCACCGGCCUCCGAUCGUCCACAUACAAGACCGUCCGGCCAAGGAGGUUACCGUCACAGGCAGCCGCGCGUUUUCCAGUCACCCACUUCCGGGGAUAAUCCAAGGAACGGAGAUGCGUUCCAAAUGUAUAAUUUUAAUGGACCUGAAAUGAUGUAUCUGCCCGAUAUGGCGUUAGCGCGAGCCAUAGAGAGAGCUGCUUUGUCCACGGCAAUGCGGGAACCAGUUGGAGGAGACGCACAGGUCGGAGAGGUUGUCUCCCUUGAUGACCUUACUUUCGACUUUGACACUGUCCCUACUUUGGAUGAAAAUGAUUUCAACAUCAGCGAGGAGUUGCAGAAUUCAUCCCUCACUGAAUCACAGGCAUCCGUGGACCUUGCAGAGCUGAACAGAAGCCUCGGCUUCUAUGGUGACGUCUCGAUGGUGGAGCUGGCGGCCUCUUGGAUCGUACAGAAUGUCUUCGACAGAGUUGGGAGGUAUCUGUCGGGGGUCCCGGGCGAGAAGAUCAAGGCCACAUUGUUGGACAUCUCCACUGAGAUCGCGGAGACUCUGAACCUCAUAGAGUAAACCCGGGACAUGUAUACAAAUGACAGUCUUACAGUAACAGCAUAACUAUAUGUAUCAGUCUGCAGCAUCAACAUGACUACAUGUGGCAGUCUACAGUAACAGCAUAACUAUAUGUGGCAGUCUGCAGCAUCAGCAUGACUAUAUGUGGCAGUCUACAGUAACAGCAUAACAAUAUGUAUCAGUCUGCAGCAUCAACAUGAUUACAUGUGGCAGUCUACAGUAACAGCAUAACUAUAUGUGGCAGUCUGCAGCAUUAGCAUGACUAUAUGUGGUAGUCUACAGUAACAGCAUAACUAUAUGUGGCAGUCUACUGUAACAACGUAACUAUAUGUGGCAGUCUGCAGCAACAACAUGACUAUAUAUGGCAGUCUGCAGCAUCAACAUAACUGUAUGUGACAGUCCGCAGCAUCAACAUGACUGUAUGUGGCAGUCUACUGUAACAACGUAACUAUAUGUGGCAGUCUGCAGCAACAACAUGACUAUAUAUGGCAGUCUGCAGCAGCAACAUAACUGUAUGUGGCAGUCUGCAGCAACAACAUGACUAUAUAUGGCAGUCUGCAGCAUCAACAUAACUGUAUGUGGCAGUCUGCAGCAUCAACAUAACUGUAUGUGGCAGUCUGCAGCAACAACAUGACUAUAUAUGGCAGUCUGCAGCAGCAACAUAACUGUAUGUGGCAGUCUGCAGCAACAACAUGACUAUAUAUGGCAGUCUUCAGCAUCAACAUAACUGUAUGUGGCAGUCUGCAGCAUCAACAUAACUGUAUGUGGCAGUCUGCAGCAUCAACAUAACUGUAUGUGGCAGUCUGCAGCAUCAACAUAACUGUAUGUGGCAGUCUGCAGCAUCAACAUAACUGUAUGUGGCAGUCUGCAGCAACAACAUGACUAUAUAUGGCAGUCUGCAGCAUCAACAUAACUGUAUGUGGCAGUCUGCAGCAUCAACAUGACUAUAUGUGGCAGUCUACUGUAACAACCUAACAAUUUGUGGAAGUCUGCAGCAUCAACAUAACUAUAUGUGGCAGUCUACUGUAACAACCUAACAAUAUGUAGAAGUCUGCAGCAUCAACAUAACUAUAUGUGGCAGUCUGCAGCAUCAACAUGACUACAUAUGGCAGUCUACAGUAACAGCAUAACUAUAUGUGGCAGUCUACUGUAACAACCUAACAAUAUGUGGCAGUCUGCAGCAUCAACAUAACUAUAUGUGGCAGUCUGCAACAUCAACAUAACUGUAUGUGGCAGUAUGCAGCAUCAACAUAACUGUAUGUGGCAGUCUGUAGCAUCACAAUAUAUAACUAUAUGUGGCAGUCUACUGUAACAACCUCACAAUAUGUGGCAGUCUGCAGCAUCAACAUAACUAUAUGUGGCAGUCUGCGGCAUCAACAUAACUGUAUGUGGCAGUCUGCAGCAUCACCAUAACUGUAUGUGACAGUCUGCAGCAUCAACAUAACUAUAUAUGGCAGUCUGCAGCAUCAACAUAACAAUAUGUGGCAAUCUGCAGCAUCAACAUAUAUAACUAUAUGUGGCAGUCUCCAGUAACAACGUUACUUUAUAAUUUUGUAAUUUGAAGUUUACACGAUAUACGGCUUAUUUCCAUUGUACGAGAGAUCGGUCAAAUGACUGCGAAAGUGAAGUUCAUUUUAGAAUUGACAUUCACUUUGUGCGAGUUCAUUGGCGUAUGAACCUUCAUAGAGUGAGAACCAAACUGUAUGAACGUCGGAGCUUGUACCUAUUUAACACAUCUUUCCAAACCCCUUUCAAUGAUCGGCCAUUUGAUCAAUGAUGACUAACACUUGUAAGCGCUAUAGAUUCAUCAACAACUUCGGAAAUCUCUUCGUAACCUUUAUCGUGUCGGCUAUUUUGACGUCUUGUACUUGAUGUAAUGUAUUACUACGCGCCGCCACUGUGACUGAUUUAUUGAGGCAUUUCUUAACAGACCUUUCUCAUCUAAUAAUGAUAUUAUUUGAACAUAUGUACUGUAAACAAACUACAUAAGAUGUCACUGUGAGAAUACAUACAUGCCACCUCUCCCUUUCGGGAACUACAUCAUUCCGCGAUACAGGUGGUGGUUGUAUGGCUGUCAGUGAAAGCAAGAAGUCACACGUACUAAAAAGAAUUGUGUAUAGAGAUCUAGAUCCUUCGAGGAUUAAAAUAGUGACAUAAAAAUUAUAAGAAUUGACUUUCACUUUGUGUGAGUGAGGGCCAAACACUGUAUGAACGUCGUCGCAAGCUCCGACCUUCAUAUAGUUUGGCCCUCACACUAUGAAGGUUCAUACGCCAAUGAACUCACACAAAAUGAACGCCAAUUCUUCACUGUGGCAGUCUGUAGUUACAACAUGACUAUAUCUGACAGUCUUCAGGAACAACAUAACUGGCAGUGUGUGUGUGUGUGUGUGUGUAUGUGUGUGUGUGUGUGUGUGUGUGUGUGUGUGUGAUAUAUCAUUGCCUUGUGAUAGUGUUGAUGAUUGAAGGACUGAACGUGCGUGUAUAGCAUUGAGCUGCAUUUGUACAUAGUAUUGACUGCCAUUGUGUGACUACGUGUUGUACAGACAUAAAUGACAUGUAAAUAAAUAUCAUAUCGGUGA